AUGAGUACCGGCAGCCAGGUCCUCACUCAGGACCCUCUCCUCUCACCCACGGAGAGAUUUCUCCCCAAAGGUAUCAAAGAGGUCCUCCCUUCACCAGAAUUAGCCAAUCCCAUCUCCGCCCUAAACUCCCAAAACGGGCUUCUCUCGCGCAUGCCUGCCUCCUGCGUCCCUUUCGCCCAGCUCAUGCGCCUCGACAAACCAGCAGGCUUCUGGCCAUAUUACAUGCCCUCCCUCCUCGGUCUAGGGUACGGAGCUUGCACCGCUCAAUCUGCCCCUUCUCCGGGGGUUCUCUUCAGCCUUUGCGGGCUGUUCUACGCCUACUGCUUCUUUCUUCGCGGUGCAGCUUGUUGCUGGAACGAUACCAUGGAUCAGGACUUUGAUCGACAGGUCGGUCGGACGAGGAACCGACCUAUCGCGAGAGGUGCUGUCACGACGACGCAGGCGCAUUUAUUCACGGCAGCGUGCGUUUUGGCACAAGGGCCUUUUUUGAUGAUGCUACCUUUAGUCUGCACUUACCACGCGAUCUUCAUGAAUGUUCUUUUUGGUGUGUAUGCGCUCAUGAAACGUGUCACGUAUUAUCCGCAGGUCUUCCUGGGCUUUCCGUUCGCCUGGUCCAUAUUCAUCGGCUGUGCUUCUUUGGGUGUGGACUUCGCUUCUAACGAUCGGAUUUUUCUCACGACGAUGCUAUUUACUGUUGUUGUUCUGUGGACGGUCAUCUGCGACACUGUAUAUGCACACCAGGAUAUCAAGGACGACGUCAAAGCGGGCGUGAAAUCGGUAGCUGUUCGCUUCGCGGACAGUACAAAAGAAUUACUCUCAAUGCUGGUAUUCUUCCUGGUAGCACUGCUUCUCGGUAUUGGGUCACUGGCGCAUCUCUCCGCGCUGUACUUUAUGUUCACCUGCUGUGGUUCCGCCGCGCUAUUCAUCAUGUUGCUGGCUAAGGUCGACCUGAAAGAGCCGGCUAGUUGUGCUUCGUUCUUCUAUGCUGGCUUCUUUUAUGGAGGUCUGAGUCUGGUAUCUGGCUUUGCAAUAGAAUAUGCGGCGCGAGAGAUAUGCGGGGAAAACUUCGAUCUCGAGCAGGCGCUUUUGUCAUGA